AUAUACAGAGAGAUGGAUUCCAAAAGUUCUUCAACCCUGGCUCUAUUCCUCUCUGUCAACUUUCUCUUUUGUGUCCUUGCAAGUGGCUGUUACACUUGUCCUCAGCAGCCUCAUCAGCCAAUCACAAACCCUAAACCAAACCCAAUUCCAAGUGCUGCCUCAAAGAGCUGCCCGAGAGAUAGCCUAAAAUUGGGGGUUUGUGCCAAGUUGCUUAAUGGGGUAGUUGGGGCAGUUGUUGGGAACCCACCAGAUCACCCUUGUUGUGCUUUGCUUGAAGGCCUUGUUGACCUUGAAGUUGCUGUGUGCCUCUGCACUGCCAUUAAAGCCAACAUCCUUGGUAUCAACCUUAACCUUCCCAUUGCUUUGAGCUUGAUCAUUGAUGGUUGUGCAAAGAAUGUCCCUGCGGGCUUCAAAUGUGCAUAAGAAACUAUAUCUUGUCCUAUUUGUAUUUCUCGUAAGCGAGGCAAAGCAUGCUAGGUUGAUUUCUUUCUUGUAUUUGGUUAACAAGACGAUGUUUAUUUUCCUCUGCCAAGUUUUCAAUAUCUCUUACAUUGAGAUUACAAUUCGAAUUCUAAUUCCCUAAGGCAGUUUUGAAGUUUUA